CUCUCCAUGCUUAACUCUGGACUCACUUCAGGCUUCAGCUCAAACUCUCUGAAAUCAGUUUUACUUAGUUUCUGAUCUGGUUUGAAUCCGGAUCCCAGGAUGUGGCUCUGAUCUGAUCCACUUAGUUUCUGAUUCAUUUUCUCUGGAGCUCAAACUUUGUCGGGAGACACCGUGGAGGACAUGCCGGGGACAGUUGCUCUCAUCAGCGUCUUCGCGCUCCUCUCAGCCGGGUUGCGGAGCUCCGUGCUCGGCGUGGGGAUGCUGGGCUCCGUGGCCGCGGAGGAGAGCUCCACCGCCCGGGUGAGCAGCACGGCGGUGGCCGGGGCGUGGAGCUCCGGGGACGGGGACAGAGCGGCGGGGCGAGCUGGCUGCCCUGGCCGCUGUCGGUGCGAGGUGGACGGGCUGCUGCACCGGGUGGACUGCUCGGACCUGGGGCUCCGGGAGAUACCGAGCAACCUGAGCGUGUUCACCUCCUUCCUCGAUCUGAGUAUGAAUAAUCUGACUGUGUUGACCAGCGGAGGUUUGUCCAACCUGCACUUCCUGGAGGAGCUGCGUUUGGCGGGAAACGACCUGGCGUCCAUCCCCAGAGGAGCGUUCUCUGGCCUCUUCAACCUCAAAGUUCUGAUGCUUCAAAACAACCAGCUGACGUCUGUUCCUGCCGAGGCCUUCAACAACCUGCACAGCCUGCAGUCACUACGUCUCGACGCCAAUCACAUCUCCCUGGUUCCUGCCGGCUGCUUCACGGGGCUGCGCUCGCUGCGUCACCUGUGGCUGGACGACAACUCCCUGAGCGAGGUGCCGGCGGCGGCUCUGAGCGAGCUGCCCGCCCUGCAGGCCAUGACCCUCGCCCUCAACCUCAUCAGCCACGUCCCCGACCACGCCUUCAGCCAGCUGGGCCGCCUGGUGGUGCUGCAUCUCAACAACAAUAGGAUCGUUUCCAUGGGAACGGACUGCUUCCACGGACUCCACAGUUUGGAGACGCUGGAUUUGAACUACAACAGCCUGGUGGAGUUUCCCUCGGCCGUCCGCUCGCUCGGCCACCUCAAGGAGCUCGGUUUCCACAGCAACAACAUCCAGUCCAUCCCAGAGCACGCCUUCACAGGAAACCCAUCACUGAUCACCAUAUUCUUCUACGACAAUCCGAUCCAGUCUGUUGGAAGCUCCGCCUUCCAGAACCUUCCAGAGCUUCGUACACUUUCUCUGAACGGAGCCGCGGAUCUCACUGAGUUUCCAGAUCUGACGGGAACCAAAAGUCUGGAGAGCCUGACCAUCACAGGGGCUCGGAUCAUCUCUUUGCCUUCUUCAGUGUGUGAGCAGCUUCCAAACCUGCAGCUGCUGGAUCUCUCCUACAAUCACCUCCGCUCUCUGCCCAGUUUCUCCGCCUGUGAAAACAUUCAGAAGAUUGAUUUGCACCAUAACGACAUUGAGGAGCUGCAGGAGAACAACUUCCAUGGUCUGAUGUCCCUGAGCUCUCUUGAUUUGUCGUGGAACAGGUUGUCGUCAGUGAAGCCGAACUCGUUCUCUGUUCUACCGGCUCUGACCAAACUUGACCUGUCGUCCAAUCAGCUGUCCUCCCUGACUCUGAUUGGUCUGCAGAGUUUAACUCACCUGCGAUUGGCUGGAAACGAUCAGCUGAUGGAGCUGAUACCUCGAGAGGAUCUGCCUCGAGUCAGGGUGAUGGAGCUUCCUUACGCCUUCCAGUGCUGUGCCUUCACCUCCUGUGAGAGAGAGGAGGCGGUGGACUUAAGAGACAGCUCCGUCCUCUCCAGUCAAGCCGAUCAGGACUGGGAAGAUUUUCUCAUCGAGUCUGACGAAGAAUCAAAACCUCAGCACUUGGUCCAAUGCAGCCCUGCACCAGGUCCGUUCCGUCCCUGCCUCCAUCUGCUCGGCAGCUGGUUGAUCCGUGGGGGGGUGUGGCUCAUCGCGGCACUCUCAUUGGUCAGCAACAGCCUCGUCGUGCUGUCCAUCUUCUUCUCGACCGCCACGUUGGUCACGCCCCCCAAGCUGCUGAUUGGCCUCUUGGCCCUGGUGAACGGCCUGAUGGGAGUGUGGGGCGGCUGGUUGGCCGCGGUGGACACGUGGACGUUCGGGAGCUUCUGGAGGUAUGGAGCCAAGUGGGAGAGCAGCUUCCUGUGUCGACUCAGCGGCUUCCUGUGUGUGUUUGCUUCACAGACGAGUCUCUUCCUGCUCACGGUCGCAGCUCUGGAGCGUUGUGUGGCCGCCGGCGCACGAAGACACAAAACCGAUGACGGCAGCGGUCGCUCCUCGUCUCCGUUCUCCGUGCGUCUCUCCGUCUUCCUGUGUUUCCUGUUGGGCUUGGCCGUCACGCUGCCCCCCCUGGUGGCCGGACACAGUAGCACCUCCCUCUGUUUGCCGCUGCCUUUCUCCUCCUCCUCCUCCUCCUCCUCCUCCUCCUCCUCCUCCCUGGCCCUGUCCGUCUCCCUGGUGCUCCUCGACUCGUUGUGUUUCCUCGUCAUGACGCUCGCCUACACUCACCUCUACUGCCGGGCCAACAAAGCUCCGCCCACCUCGGAGGAAGAGGCGGCGCUGACCCGGCACGUGGCCUGGCUGCUCUUCUCCGACUGCCUCCUCUACCUCCCUGUGGCCUUCCUCUCCUUCUCCUCGCUGCUGCACCUCCCCGCCGCGGGGCCCGACGUGGUGAAGGGCGUUCUGCUGCUGGUGGCGCCGCUGCCGGCCGGCGUCAACCCGCUGCUCUACCUCCUGUUCAACCCCAUCGCCAGGGAGGAGCUCGCAGCGCUGGCCAAACGCAUCUGCAGAGCAAGGCAUCAUCGAGGAGGAGGAGGAGGAGGAGGAGGAGGAGGAGGAAGGUCGACGACUGUAACAAUGGAUUCAACGUACGACGAGGACGCAGAGAAACAGUCAUGUGACUCGACUCAGGCGCUGGUGGCGCUCGGAGGCACGAAGGAGGACGAGGAGGGGGAGAGAGGGAGGAUGAAGAGCGAGACACAACGUUCUGUGGCGUUUGUUGUUCAACGUCACUAGACUCUCACACACACACAGACACAAACACACACACACAGACACACACACACACACUGACUGUGGCAGCACAUGUAGCAGGACGAACUAAGAUGAUCAAAAACUAAAAGAGCUUCAUUAUCUUCUGCUCAUCUCUGAUUGGCCAGUUCUGGAUCCCAUGGGAGAAGACACACACAUACACACACAAACACACGCACAAACACACACACACACACACACACACACACACACACACACACCCUGACUUUACAGCAUUGUGUCACCAAACAUUCACCAAAUGUUUAAGCAAAUGCUGUUUACAACGUGUGUGUCUGUGUGUGUGUGUGUCUGUGUGUGUGUGUGUCUGUGUGUGUGCAGCUGAGAUGUUUUUGCGAGUGUGUGUCAGAGCUGCAGCGUCGGUGCGACUUCUGACACGGAGCUGAAACUGAAAACAGGAACGUGAAGCUCAUGUUCAGAAAAAACAACGGAUCCUUUUCAAAUUAUCACUUUUAUUUAUUUUGUCAACGAAUGAAGUAAAAAACAUCUUCAGAGUUUUUAAAAACAGCCGAAAUGAAAUGAAACUAAAAAUGAUAUGAUGUAGGGAUCAAACAUUUGGUUUCAUCCGGUUUUGACGUGUCGAUGAUUCAUAUUGUAAAUCACUGAGACAAUCUGAGGCUGUGUCUCAUGUUGACGUGUUUGUACGAACAGUCCGAUGACGAAGGUUCUCAACCUCUUCUUCAAAUGUGCUGUUUUCAUUAAUAACUGUAAAAAUGAGUCUAAAGAUUUCACUGAACUUCCUGAAGUUGUUGCAUGAACGUUGUCAUCGUCCACAUUCCGUCAAAGUGUCGACUCGAUGUGAGGAAACGUGCGUUGACCUGAAGCAGCUCUCAGAGACGUCUCAUGUUUUGAAAAAAGAAACUUGUGAAUUUAUAUUUGUAUAAACACAUAAACUAUGUUUUAAUUUGUGACGUUUAAAUUCAAAUUGUUGACAUGCAAAUCGAGGGGCGGAGUUUCUGCAGCAACAGGAAAGAACAAAAAAUGUUUGAAUGUGUGCGACAGUUUAACUUUCGCACUUUUUGUGAUCGGCACUUUAAAUCAAAAACAACAACACAAGCUUUGGUUGAAAUGUUCUGUUGUAAAUUCUGUUGUAGUCGUUUGUAAAGACUUGAUGUAACUGCA